AUGCCGGCCGCCGUCACGUCUCCGCGCCAUCGGGUGCCUGGAGUUGUCGCGUUCACCGAACUGCUCAACGACCUCCUGGCCCGCUCGGUGGAGGUCAAAUCUGCACCCACGAUCGAGCCCGCAUUACAGAAGACAGACUUUGGCGACCUGGAUGAGCAACUUGCCCGCGUUCUUACGACGCCGGAAAAUGGAACUAGUGUUGCGACACAGAACAAGGCGCAACAAUUCGCAACCAUUGAGACUGCCGUACGGAACAUGUUCAGCAACUUGAUUGCCACCACACCCAUCGAAUCCCCGGAUUUCGUCAAGGUCUGGAACCUAUUCGACCUCCUCACUAUCCUCUCCGAUGACGAAAAGUGCGACCCGGCUCUGCUUUUCUGGCUGGUGGAGGAGCUCUUGGACAGCCAGACCAUUGCCGGCUGUCGCAAGAUUUUCGACUUCCUCGAAUCAAGGCGCGAAAGGAUUACCAUCAAACACUUUAAACAAAAGCAGUUGGUCAUUCUACGCAGUUGUAAUGAGCUGCUACGACGCCUAUCCCGUGCCGAGGAUACGGCCUUCUGUGGCAGGGUCUUCAUCUUCAUGUUUCAGAGCUUUCCCUUGGGUGACAAGAGCUCUGUCAAUCUACGGGGAGAAUACCAUGUCGAAAAUGUUACCGUAUUCGACGAUGUCGGCGCCAAGACAGAGGCAACACCAGAGCAGAUGGACGUGGACAGUCAGAACGGAGGCAAGGACGGCGAUGCAAAGUCUCAGACGAAGGCCGUAUCAUUCGACGCGAAGAAGCCAGCACAGGCCGACCAGCCGCUCGAUCCCGAUGCACUAUAUCCCCUGUUCUGGUCACUCCAGGAGACCUUUAGCCAACCCAAAAAACUGUUCGAUCCUGCCUACUUGGCGGGUUUCAAACGCGGAUUGGAAGCAACCAUGACGUCUUUCCGGGCCAUUCAGCACGAACAAGGUCAACGACCACCCAAAGCAGUGGACGAGGCACAGCGAGGCUUGAAGAGAAAACGAGAAGACGUGGAAGAGAGCGACUUGGCGAACUCUUACAACCCCAAGUAUCUUACGAGCCGGGAUCUUUUCGAGCUUGAAAUGAGCGACAUUUCCUUCCGCAGACACAUACUUGUCCAAGCGCUCAUCAUUAUGGACUUCCUCCUAUCUCUUUCCAGCAAGACGAAAGAGAAGCUGGCUGGCAACGCCCAGAACAAGUCGGUGAUAUACCUCGGCCAGGUCUUGAGCGAAGAAGACACCAAGUGGGCUUCAGAAAUGAAGAGGACGAUUGUCGACAAGUAUCUCAAGCAUGGCGUCGAUGGCCCAUACUUCAGUCGUAUGGUUGAGACAGUCCUCGCUAGAGACAAGAAUUGGAUCCGCUGGAAGUCCGAGAACUGCCCGUCAAUCGAGUUGCCGGCAGUGUCUCCAGAGUUGUUCCUCGACGCCAAAAAGAUUGCGCAACGCACGACGACGAAGAAGCGGUUGAGGGCCAUGCCGAUGGGCUCCCUGCCCCUUGGUUUCUUGGAAGACGGCGAUAACGAAACUGCGAUGCAAAAGCUCAAGGCCGAGGAGAGAUACAGUCUGCCGGAGCUUGAUAGCUUUAAGCGAAAGAUUGCUGAUGACGACUUUGAGAUUGACAUGCCAACAAACAAUGAAACCAAAGCCGCCGCGAUUGAAAGCAAAGCCAGCAAAAGUUGGCGAGCCCUCCGGAUAGCGGGCAAAUCGAGGUUGGCCCUCUUUGACAAGAUUGACGAUCCAGAAAAGAUCGACGCUGUAUUCGAGGAGCCAGUCGAUGUCGACGAAAGUGAGGUUGCUGCAGAGGAGGCGGUGAAUAACGACAACGUCCCUGAAGACAAGCGGCCCAUCAUAAUUUCAGGACCGCCUGGGGCUGGCAAAGCGACGCUUUUCGGUUUCCUCGCAGAACGUCGUCCAGGUGCAUUCACGCGGGUGCCUCGGCAUACCACGAGAAAGCCGCAAGAAGGCGAAGUCGAGGGCAAGCACUUCCACUUCGUCGAGCCACAAGCUUUCAACAUGUUGAGGGACGGUGAUGCGUUGUUAGAAUUUACCACUAUCGAUAAGGUAGACUACGGCACGAGUCGCAAGGCAGUUGAGGCAGUUGCCGAAGGCGGAAAGGUCCCAGUUAUGUACAUGGACAGCGAGGCUAUUCAGCAAGCGAGGGACCUUGGCUAUUCGGCACGGAGCGUCCUCGUUUUGCCGCCAAGCACGGAGGUCCUGGAGGAACGCCUCAAGAAGGCAGAAAAGGGCGAUGACGUCCUGCAGGAGGCUCUCGCCAAAGCAGCCCCUUACUUCGAGGCUGACUCGAAGCUGAAGGAGGAGUUCGAUUUGGUUCUGACCAAUGAAGAUUUAGAUGCUACCUUUAAGGCUUUUGAGGGGUACAUUUACGGUACCGCCGAGGCAAAACUUACGAAUGGCAAGCCCAAAAGCGAGACGGUAGAGGAAGCGGAUGAAACCAUGGUUGAUGCGCCAGCCGAGGACCCGGAGGCACCACAGGAACCCCAGGAAAGCCAAGGACCACAAGGUGUCAGGGAGGGCGAAGUGAUUGCGGAGUCCACGGAAUCGAUGGAAGUAACACAGACCGAGGAGGCCGGUGAGGCCAAGGAAGCUCAGGAGGCGUCUUAG